AUGGACGACGUAACCGAGGCAUCGCUGACCGAAACAUUCGACACGCUCGUAUCAGAUGGCGUCAUUGUAUACGGGCCCAAUGAAUCUAUCAAACUGGAGGAUGAAGGCUACCCUAUGGAAUUCCGUAUCUGCCCAGCGCUAGCUACGAAACCUCACACGGUGGGCGCCACCAAUCAUGCCUUCGAUCAAUCACGAAAGUUGGGCCUAGGGAGCGACAUGUUCUGUCCAGACGAGCGACUCAUAGUCACUCCGCUCAACGGUACGCACGAGCUGGCACUGAAUCUCUUCUGUGUCGACAGACCGCAAAUACUUAUGACGACCUUGGACUCAUACAAGCGUCAGCACGAAGCCCUUGACGUAGACGACUUUGAGGUCAUGCUCCAGGUAUUACGAAAGCUCCCAAAUUUUUACGUCAUCUUCAACUGUGGAGAGAGAGGUGGAUGCAGUAGGGUACACAAGCAUCUCCAGGGCUUGAAGGGGCCACCAUAUGCUUUCAACUAUAUCAUCUCCACGCUCAAUGACCCAUCGAAGAAGGUACCCUAUCAGUUUUUCAUUCAUGAAUUCAGUCAUGGUUUCAAGAAUACUCCAGCCUCAACCGUUCUUGACGCCUAUCGUGUGCUGCUUGCGCAGUGUCGGUCACCUACGGGAACGGGCGGAGAGGAUACACCUCCGCACAACGUUGUCAUGUGGGCUGAUCGUCUUGUCGUUAUUCCACGUCGGAAAGGAACUACAAAAGGAGCAAGUGCGAACACUGGAGGCAUGUUGGGGAGUGUAUGGGUAAGCGGACAAGAGCAUGUAGACGAGUGGAAAAAGGUCGGUUACGCGAACGCAUUGAGGGAGCUGGGUGUCCCACGUCCAUGA